AUGAGUUAUUCUAUAAUGUAAAUUCUGAGUUUGUUCUAAGAGAAUGAAGAUCAUGAUAUUCACAAUAUUGGUCGUUUGAGUGAUUCAGAACCUAUAACUCCUGCUUUUAAAGAUGAAAAAGAACAGCUGGUUAGAUAAAUUAAUGAAUUUCGGCAAUAAAACUAAAUUCUUCAAAAUGAAUGUCAAAAGUAAAUUAUGAAUUUAAGUGAAAAACUAUCUCGCUCACAAAUUUUGUAGAGUGAAAUAGAGUAAUAUAAAGAGUAAAUAAGAGGUGAGUUAAAUUAAAGCUAAAUUCUGACAAAGUAAUUCCUUUAAAAGCAUGAGUCUUGUUUCAAUUUGAAAUAAAGAAUAUUAUAAUAAAAGAAUUAUCAUAAGUUACAUUAUGAAAAUCCUGGAAAAAGAAUAACUACUUGUCCUAGUGAAACAUCAACAGUGUAGAGCUCAUCUUUUGUGAUACCAUUAUCACCAUAGCUCAAAAAGCUGCACUAUAAUUCAUUUAAUCAUCAUUUUUGA